AUGGAGAGGAGGGUGGAGUCAGGUGACUUAAAAGAUAGGGUAAUAGAUCAGGACUUUAUCAAAGGAAAGGGGUUGGCAGAAAAUUCCACUUGGAGCCAAUGCCAGAAGGUCAAGAAGGUAGUAAUUGGUUCUUCAGGAGGAUAG